CGCUCCGCUCCGCCCAUUGGGGGCGGGGACGGGAUCUGAGGUGUUCGCGGGCGCCCCUGGUGGCUGCGGGUGGCGCCGCGCUGGGUUUGCCCCUCACACCGGACCGAGGCUAGCUGACAGGCGCGCGAUGCUGGCGACCCUGGCGAGGGUGGCGGCUCUGCGGAGAACCGGCCUCCUCUCCUGCCGGGGUGGCGGGAGGGGGCUGUGGACAAGCCACCCGCAGUCAGAUAUGGACCAUGUAAAGCCAUUGGAGGGUGUAAAAAUUCUGGAUCUAACAAGAGUCCUGGCAGGACCUUUUGCUACUAUGAAUUUAGGAGAUCUUGGAGCAGAAGUCAUAAAAGUGGAGAGACCAGGAACUGGUGAUGAUACACGAACUUGGGGGCCACCUUUUGUGGGAACAGAAAGUACAUAUUUUCUCAGUGUUAACAGAAAUAAAAAAAGCAUAGCUGUUAAUAUCAAGGACCCAAAAGGGGUGAAAAUCAUCAAAGAGCUUGCAGCUGUUUGUGACGUAUUUGUGGAAAACUAUGUCCCUGGCAAACUGUCUGCUAUGGGCCUGGGAUAUGAAGAUAUAGACAAGAUCGCUCCUCACAUCAUCUAUUGUUCCAUCACAGGGUAUGGUCAGACGGGCCCGAUGUCGCGGCGAGCUGGUUAUGAUGCUGUUGCCUCUGCUGUUUCUGGUCUGAUGCACAUCACAGGGCCUGAGGAUGGAGAGCCAGUUCGCCCAGGAGUGGCUAUGACUGAUCUUGCCACUGGCCUGUACGCAUAUGGAGCCAUUAUGGCUGGAUUGAUACAAAGAUACAAAACUGGAAAAGGACUGUUCAUUGAUUGUAACCUACUGUCAUCUCAGGUAGCAUGUUUGACCCAGGUAGCUGCUAAUUAUCUUACUGGCCAAAAGGAGGCGAAACGUUGGGGCACAGCUCAUGGCAGUAUUGUUCCUUAUCAGGCUUUUAAAACCAAGGACGGCUAUCUGGUAGUUGGAGCAGGAAAUAAUGAACAGUUUGCUACUGUGUGCAAGAUCUUGAAUUUGCCUGAGUUGAUUGAUGACUCCAAAUACAAAACUAACCAUCUUCGGGUACACAAUAGAAAAGAGCUUAUUAAAAUACUAUCUGCACGAUUUGAAGAAGAACUGACCAGCAAGUGGUUAUAUGUCUUUGAAGGCAGUGGGAUACCAUAUGGCCCAAUCAACAACAUGAAGAAUGUAUUUGCAGAACCCCAGAUCCCGGACUUGAAGCUGAAGAAUGUGGCAACCAGAAACACGAAUAGUCCACAGGCAACAAAAGCCCCAAGAAAAGCCAACUCUUUCUAGCCAAGGGAACAAGAAAGGAACAGCCUACCAAGACAAAAAUCGUGUAGACAAUUAACUUCUCUACUUAAGCCAAACACCAGUGGAAAAAAAUGUGACUCCACCUACAAUCAAUCAAAAGCGAAGUUGGGAGCAUUAACUUCCACCCUUGCCAGACUCUAAUGAGAAACUCCAACCCCCGAGGUAGGGUAGCAUCAGAGAAGGCUGAAUAAAGAGCCAGGACUUCCAUCCCUGCCAGGCUGAGACUGCAUAGGGAACCUGGACUUCUUCCUUUGCUCAACCUCCUAUGGUGUCAGUGGAGGCCCCAUGAGGAAAACCAAAAAUAUUUUUCUACCUUCUCGUUUCAGAGAGGUUUUAAGUGGAAGCCUACUGAGGGGCCAGAACUCCCACUCCUUCUUAGCAGUAAUGAGUGGUUCCCUCCUUUCCAGAGGGUCAACCUAGGCCAAAUGGGGACUCUAGACUUCUAUGCUAACCUGGCAUUAAGGAGGUGGCUCUACUGACGCAGAGUUAGAUGAAGCCAACCAAAGCAGAAUGUUUAAGUAAGGUUCAGAGCCACACAACAUAAUACCCAAAUUGUGUUAGUUUCAACAAAGAUCACUCAUCAUACCAAGAACUAUGAAUAUCUCAAAUUCAAUGAAAAAAGAUACUCAAUAGAUGCCAACAGAGAUGACAGAGAUGCUAGAAUUAUCUGACAAAUAUUUUAAAGCAGCCAUAAUUAAAAUACUUCAACUAGCAAUUAUAGAUAUGCUUGAACAAAAUGAAAAUGCAGAAUAUCUCAGUAAAGAAAUAGAAAGUCUCAGCAAAGAAAUAGAAGAUCUAAAAAAGAACUGAAUGGACAUUUUAGAACUGAAAAAUACAAUAAUCAAAAAAGAAAAAAAACCAAAACCCAAACAAAAAAUACUCAACUCAAUGGACGGAUUCAAUAGCAGAAUGAAGAAAAAAGUAUCACUGAACUUCAAGAUAGAACUAAAGAAAUUACACUAACUGGACAACAGACAGAAAAUAGACUGAAAAAAACAUGAUAAACAGAACCUCAGGGGACCUGUGGGAUCUAACAGACCUGUUACUGGAGUCCAGGAAGGAUAAAAGAAAAAGAGUGAGGUUUAAAAAGUACUAGAAAAAAUAAGGUAAAACCUUUCCAAAUCCGAUAAUAGACAUACAUGUAGAAAUCUAAAAAAUUAGUAUAUCCUGAACAAAGAACUAAAGAAAUCCAUGCCAAAUACAUCAUAAUACUGAACACUUCUGAAAACUAAAGGCAUAGAAAAAAUUAUUGAAAACAACUAGAGAGAAAUGACACCUUACCUACAGAGAAAAAACAAUUUGAAUGCCAGUGGCUUUCUCAUCAGAAAUCAUGGAAACCAAGAUGGAAGCAGCACAUUAUUUCUCAAGUGCUGAAAGAAAAGAAUUAACACAGAACCCUAUAGCCCAUGAAAUAUCCUUCUGGAAUGAAAGGAAAAUGUAAAUACCCUCAGAUGAAGGAAAACUAAGGGAAUUUGCCAUUAGCAGACCUAGCCUGAAAGAAUGGCUAAGGGAAACUCUCUAAUAGAAAGAAAAGUAUAAAAGAAGAGAUCCGAAACAUAAGAAGGAAAUAAAGAACCUGGUAUGCAAAAAUAUGGGCAAAUACAAUAGAUUUUCUUUCACCUCUUGAAUUUUCUAAAUUAUGUUUGAAGGUUUAAGCAAAAAUUUAGACACUGAUGUAGUUCUAAAUGUAUGUAUAGGGAAUAUCUAGGACAAUUAUAGAUGGGGCAGGGGAAAGAGAUAUGAUGGGAAGAAAGGUCUCUACACUUCAUUUAAACUGGUAAACAUUAGUGGACGGUUACAAGACAGCCCCGUUUAUAAUUGUUUUGGACAAUUGAUCUCUCUAUAUAAUGUAAUACCUAGAGUGACUGCCGAAAGAUAUAGAAGCUAUAUAAAGAGAUAGUCAAAAACACUCAAAAUAGGUGUGGUUGGGAGGCAGGGAAGGGUGAAAUCAUAUACCUAAAGGUACAAUAUCCAGCGGUCCUCAACCUUUUUGGCACCAGGUACUGGUUUCAUGGAAGACAAUUUUUCCAAGGGUGGAGGUGGCUAGAGAUG